AUGAUAAAUAAUAGAGUGUAUUAUAGUAAUUUAAAACUUGUUGUAAAUAAGGGAGAAGAAGAAGAAAAGGAAGAAGUAGAAAAUGCAAAUAAUGUAAUUUAUGUGGGUAAUAUAGAUAAAUACAUAGAAGAUAAUAAUAUUUUAAAAAUAUUAGAAGUAUUUGGUGAUAUUUAUAAAUGGCACAGACAACGUAAUCCUUCAACAAAUGAAUUAAUGCCAUUCGGUUUUUGCGAAUAUAGUGAUAUAUAUGGUGUUUAUUUAUGUGUAAAUAUCUUAGAUAAUAUAAAAUUAGCUAAUAAGAAUUUAAAAGUAAACUGCAAUGAUAAUUUAAAAAAAAGAUUUGAAAGAAUUGUUGAUAUACUAUAUGAAAAAAAACAGAAAGCAAUAGAUAAACAAAAUGAGUUAUUAAAUGAAGAAGAUAUGAAAAAUCAAAUAUUAAAUGAUAUAAAAAAUGAUAUAAAAAAUAAAAAAAAUGAUGUUUUAGUAUAUAUUGAACACAUUAAUAAUGAAUAUGAAGAAAAAAAAAAAAAAGAUGAAGCAAUACAAAAUAAUACAACAGAAGAUGAAAAAAAUUUAGAUAGUGAAGAAAAAGAUAAAAGAGAAAAAGAGGAAGAAAAUUUGAAUAUAAAUAAUAUGAAGUUAAACCCUGAACAAGAUAAUAAAAAUUUUAUAAAUAGCUUACCUUCUUCGAAUAUUGAAGAAUUAAAUACUAACGAUAAAAAAAAAAUAAAUAAUGUAGAAAAUAAUGAAAAUCAUGAUAUUUUAGGAGUUGAAAAAAAAAAUAGUUUUGUAAUAGAUAAUCCAAAUAAUCAACAAAUAAAUAAUAGAAAUCCUUUUAAAAGAAAUGCUUCUGACAAUAAUAAUGAAGAAAUAUUAAAAGAAAAAGAAAAAGAAGAAAUCAAAUAUUUAAGUAAAGAUUAUAAAGUAAACUGGAGGGAAAAAGAAAGGAUUCAAAGAAUAGAAAAUAAAGAAAAAGAUUUAGAAAAGGAUUUUUAUAAAAGAGAAAAAGAAUGGUUAGAAUUAGAAGAGCAAAUCAAAAAAGAUACAUACAAGGAAUGGAAUAAAUUAAUGUUAGUAAAAAAGAAGGAUAUUGCUAGGCUUAUAGAAUUAGAUUUAAAAGGGGAAUAUGAAAAUUCAAAUAUAUCAAGUUCAAAAAAAAGAGAAAUAAGAAAUUCAAAAAGAGGAAAAGAAAAGGAAUUAGAUGAACUCGAUAGGUUAAAUGAAUUAAAAGAAAUAGAAGAAAUGAAGGAAAAAGAAAAAUUAAAAGAUGAAGAAAAACUUAUUAAUGAUAAUAUUCAAAAUUCUAUAGAACAAGAAGAUGUACAAGAUAAAGAACAAACAAUAGAGGAAAGUAAAAAAGAAGAAAAUAAUGAAACUAAAGAGAAUUUUAAUACAGAAAAACAGAAAGAUAUAGAUGAAGGGAUAGAACUUGAUAAUGAAGAAAAUAGAAAUAAUGUAGUAUCAGAACAUUCAAAGAAUAACAUUGUAUAUGAUUUUAAUAUUAACUCUGAUAAAGAUAACGAAGUAAAAUACGAAAAAAGAAAUUUUGAACAUUAUGAAAAUCUAAAAAAUAAGGAUAACAAUUUUGAUAAUAGCGAAAAUUAUUCAUUUAAUGAAUAUAAUGAGAACGAAAAUAUAAAGAAGGAAAAAGAAAACAAUUUUGAGUGGAUGAAUUAUAAUAAUAACAUGGGUCCUGGUGUAGAUUGCAUUCAAAACAAUAUAAAUAUUCAAAAUAGUGAAAAUAUUUUGUCUUAUCGAGAAAACAAUUGUGAUGUAAUAUAUAAAUCUGAAAAUAAAGGAAUUGAAGUUUUAAAUAAAAUGUGUAAUGAAAAUGAUACAAAUAAAAAUAAUAUAAAUGAAAGUGAUUCGAAUAAUAUGAAUGAAAAUAAAGAAAAUGAAAACAAUACAAAUAAAAGAAAAAUGAUAAGUUUAGAACAUAUAAAUAUAAAAGUAAAUGAUAAAAAAAAAAAAAUGAUUGAUUCUGAAAAUUUAAAUAAAAUAAAUAAUCCUGUAUUAAUGAACGUGUUUAAUACUAAUGAUGAAGAUGAAUUUUUUACUAAAAACCAUCAGCCAUUAUCCAAAUUAGAUAAACAUUUAGAUAAAAAAAACCAAGAAGAAGAAAAAAUUAAAGCAAUAGAAAUAAUUGAAAAUUCGAAAAAAAUAUUAGAAAAAGUACCAUCGACAGAGGAAGAAAUCUUUAACUUUCAUAUUGAAUGGAAUAUAUUAAAUCUAAAAGAUAAUAUAGGUGUGAAAUUAAAGCCUUGGAUAUAUAAAAAAAUAACUGAAUAUAUAGGAAAGGAUGAAAAAGAAAUUAUUGAAGAAAUUAGUAAUUAUUUUGUUCAGCAAAUUUUAAAGGAAACAUCACCAAAAGAUAUGCUCGUCGAAGCUGAAAAAUUUUUAGAUUCCGAUGGAAAGAAAUUUAUUUUAAAUAUGUAUAGGCUUAUUAUAUUUGAACAGCUUAAAAUAAAAAAUAACCUAUAA